AUGAAACUGAUUCGAGUCCAUUCAGAUGGCAAAUGGGUGUCGCUGUUGCAAAAUUUGCAUACUCCCGGAUGUGUAACCGCGCCUACGCAGAUAACGCACUUGACGGAAUCUGCAAACGAGCUUUCAGACUCGGUCUUUCCAGUUUCAUUGAGUCUGUUCUUGGAUCUCCCUGUUCUUCAGCAGAAACACCAAGCUACACAAGCUAAUCUAGUUCUAGAGCUAGAGCCGAGAAUGUCUCAUCAACAGCAAGAAAGGCUUCCUUAUCCACAAGGAGUCUCGCACAUUCAAGGAUCACCAGCAUAUCCUCAAGGGGCACCUGUCUCUCAGGGCGGCCCUCCGUAUCCACCCGCAGGCCAUGCCUACCCUCAAGGAUCUCCAUAUCCACCAGGAGGUAAUGUUUACCCUCAAGGAUCUCCAUAUCCACCAGGGGGUAAUUUUUACCCUCAAGGAUCUCCGUAUCCACCAGGAGGUAAUAUUUACCCUCAAGGACCUGCCUUGGCACAAGGAGGAUUUUCACAACAGCAGUAUCAAAAUCCUGUGGUAUAUACCGAACGAACGGUAUUGUAUCAGCCUCAUGCUGUUGCUGGCCAACGCAAUUAUGGAGCAAGAGAUGAUGAAUUUCAGAACAAACGUCAGGAUGGAGACCAAGAUUCUGGAGGUGGUGCUUGCUGUGCUGCUCUGUGUGCAGUUCUUUGUUGUUGUUUGUUGCUUGAUGACAAUAAUUCAGAGGAAUCAGGGAAUACAGUCAUUGUUGCUGUUUCAGACGAUUCAGACGACAUAUGAUAAAAUAUGCAGUACGUACUGGCAGUUAUGGCCGCAGAUAUGCUGCGGUGAGCAGUAGGACGUGCAUGUGCAGUCGAAAUGCAAUGCUACGUAGUUGUUACAUUUUAGCUGCCAAUUCGGCAAAGCAUUUGAGUUACUUAUUGUGAAAGGUCUGAAAGUGCA